AGCCCCCUAAGCUCCGCCUCUAGCAGCGUCUUCUAAUCGCGUUCUUCCGGCCUGGCCUUUCUCUUCGCCUUUCCUCCGCCAUCGUGCGCGCUACCCCUGGUUCGGCUUCUCGCCAUGUCUUCUCACAAGACUUUCAGAAUCAAGCGAUUCCUGGCCAAGAAACAAAAGCAAAACCGUCCUAUUCCUCAAUGGAUCAGGAUGAAAACUGGUAACAAAAUCAGGUACAACUCUAAGAGAAGACACUGGAGGAGAACGAAGCUGGGUCUGUAAGGAUUCACGCAAUGGCAAGACUGAGGGUUGAUACUGAAUUGUGGCCAUCGAUCAAUCCUACCAGAUGGAGUUCAACAUUUUUAACCUGGAGAUUUGCUUGUGUCUUAAAUUAGGGUGUUUGUCCAGUAAUAAAACUUAGAACCUUCCAAA